AUGAAAGGAAUACAGAAAGUUUUCUCUCUCAUGUUUUUGAUCUUCGGUCUUGUGUACGCAGCAGAGGAAACCAACAAGUCGUCUAAUAACGGAAAUGGCGGUUCCUCUUCAGACUCUCAGAAAGAGGAGAGUAAGGAAAAGAGCACUGAAAGCUCAUCCCUAAAGUUGGGAACAAGUCUGCUUGGACUUGCAUCCAUCCUUGCCAUCUGCCUGGCCAAAUAA